AUGUGGGACAUAUUGCAACAAACGCAUGAAGGAACAACAGAUGUAAAAAGAGCCCGAAUCAACACGCUAAUGCAUGAGUAUUGGAUGUUCAACUUGAAGAAAGAAGAAUCUGUUAAUGAUAUGCAGACAAGAUUUACUCACAUAGUCAAUAAUCGAAAUGUUCUUGGUAAGGUGAUUGACAAUGUGCAGCAAAUCAGCAAGGUUAGGUGCUUGACAAGAGAGUGGCAGCCAAAAAUCACUGCCAUAGCAGAAUCAAAAGACCUUGGACAUAUAAAAUCUGAGUGCUUCCAAUUGCAAAACAGAAAUAAGAGUUCAAAGGCUAAAGGCAAUCAACCACCUCCUAAGUCCAGAAAAGCCUACAUUGCCUGGAACGAUAAUGAUGAAGAGUCAUCUGCAUCUUCAGCAGAUGAAGAAGCUAAUCUUUGUCUAAUGACCAACACAGAUUCAGAUUCUGAUAGUGAGAGGAUGGAAACAGAUUUGGAAAGUAAAGAAACAAAUGGUGGAUUUGUUAAAUACGGUGACAAUAACAAAGGAAAGAUACUCGGUAUUGGAGACAUAGGGAACGAAUCAACUACGGUGAUUAAAGACGUUCUGUAUGUAAAGGAUUUAAAGCAUAAUUUGAUCAGUAUAAGUCAACUCUAUGAUAAGGGAUUCCAAGUAAGUUUUACAUCUCAGUCUUGUAUAAUUGAGCACAAGGAGAAUAAAGACAUAAGGUUAGUAGGUAACAGAAUCAAUAACAUUUACAUGCCUGAUUUUAAUGCUUUGCCUGCUAGUUCUAUUUGUUGCUUAUUAUCCAAUGCUGAUGAAAACUGGUUAUGGCAUAAGAGAGUGGCUCAUAUACAUAUGGACCACUUGAACAAAUUAGUUAGUAAACAGUUAGUUCUAGGACUCCCAAAUAGAAAGUUCUCUAAGGAUAGGUUGUGUGACUCCUGUGAGAAGAGUAAGCUAGUUAAGUCUUCUUUUCCCCCAAUAGAUCUAGUUCAAACCAAUAGGGUUUUACAGUUGGUACAUAUGGAUCUGUUUGGUCCACCUCAGGUUAGAAGUUUUGGAAGAAACUUGUAUUGUUAUGUGUUAGUAGAUGAUUACUCUAGGGAAGAUGAUUUACCUAAGGAAUGGAAGUUUAACAAAAAUCAUCCUAUUGACAACAUCAUAGGAGAGAUCUCUAAAGGAGUUACAACUAGAAAAACCCUUAGACACUUUUUGUAA